ACUUUUUCAUAUCUAUACAAUCUCUGAAGCGUGCUUCUGCAAAUCUCUCUCCCUCUCUCGUAGAAAAAAUGUAAUCUUUGUGAGAUCUUAGCCCGCCCAUUUUGUUGGCUGGCGUCUUCGGAUCAAUCAAGCAAUCAAACUCAAGAAUUCAUCCACACAUAUACACAAACAGAUCGAGUGCAUCAACAAAUCGAAUUUCACAACCUACCAUGAACGCCAGCAACAAAAAGGCGGUGCACUCACUGAUAGCUUCGCGGCUGACGCAGCUCCACAUCCCCUCCGCCGCCGCGGAGGACCCCUCAUUAGAUUUCGAAUUCUCCGAUUUCUUCGGGCCCUGCGCCGCGCCGCCCUCUCCUUCCUUGGGGGACCCACUAGUCAUACACCACCGGUCCCACUCGUUCGUGGGCCCCUCCCCCCGCUUCACCCUCUCCAAAUCCCUCCCCACCUUCGAUCGAGACGAUUCCUCCUCCGAUGAGCUGGGGGACGAGGCGGUGGAGGAGGAGGGAGGGGAUGAGCCAGCGCAGGAGAAAUUAGGGCCCGGGGAUUUUGAGGUCAUGAGAGUAAUUGGGAAGGGCGCGUUUGGGAAGGUUUUUCAGGUUAGGAUGAAAGGGAAAAGCGGCGGUGGAGAUGGGAUUUUCGCUAUGAAAGUGAUGAGGAAGGAUACGAUAAUCAAGAACAACCAUGUUGAUUAUAUGAGGGCUGAGAGGGAUAUUCUCACCAAAGUUUUGCACCCUUUUAUUGUGCAGCUGCAGUAUUCGUUUCAGACCAAGUCAAAGCUGUAUUUGAUCCUCGACUUUAUAAAUGGAGGCCAUCUAUUUUAUCAUCUCUACAGGCAAGGGAUUUUCAGUGAGGACCAGGCAAGGGUAUAUACUGCUGAGAUUGUAUCUGCUGUUUCACAUCUUCACAAGAAUGGGAUUGUGCAUCGAGAUCUAAAACCCGAAAACAUUCUCAUGGAUUCUGAUGGGCAUGCCAUGCUCACUGAUUUUGGACUGGCGAAGGAGAUUGAUGAAUCGAGCAGAUCAAACUCGCUAUGUGGGACAACUGAAUAUAUGGCUCCCGAGAUCUUGCAAUCUAAAGGUCAUAACAAGAAUGCUGAUUGGUGGAGCAUCGGAAUCCUUUUGUAUGAAAUGCUAACUGGCAAGCCGCCAUUUGUGCAUGCCAACAGAAAGAAGCUCCAGGAGAAGAUCAUCAACGAAAAAUUGAAGCUUCCACCACGUUUGACAAGUGAAGCUCAUUCUUUGCUCAGAGGACUGCUCCAAAAAGAUCCACUGAAUCGGUUAGGCAGAGGGACUAGAGGCGCGGAAGAGAUCAAAUCUAACAAAUGGUUCAGUACCAUCAACUGGAAGAAGAUCGAGGAGAGAGAAAUCAAGCCGAAGUUCAAGCCAGACGUGAGCGGCCAAGACUGCACAGAGAACUUUGACGAAUGUUGGACAGCAAUGCCUCUGGAUGACUCCCCCGCGCCUACUCCAACCGACGGGGAGCAUUUCCAUGGGUACACUUACGUAGCCCCUAACCCGUGGUUAUCAUCUAAAUGAGGAAAUAAAUAAGCUGAUGCUAAGGAGGCUUGGAUAGGUUGCCUUGUUUCUCCAUAACCUAGCUAGCUAAUUUAUCUUGUGUUAGACUUUGAAGUAGUUUUCUUCUUUUUGAUUCUUAUUCAUGUAUCUCAAUCAUUUAGGAUUCACCCUUAGAGAAAUUUGAGAAUGAGGG